AUGUCAGGAGCAUGCGAACACCGAUAUACAGGCCUGCUUGCAGAAAACUACAUCCGAUUGGAUGCAGAAUGGAAGGAGACGGUUAACAGCAAAAGAGCGAAGAAAACUGCUCGAAUGCGACCAGGAGACUGGUCCAUGGCAGAGCCAUUGAUCCAAUUUCAAGUCGCGCCAAACAUCAGCCCUCCAGCCGUCACGCUGGGUGCCGUGGGCGCCGUGGGCGCAGCAGCGGGUUCCCGGCCGCGGCGAAAGCGGAGUGGUGCCCUAGGCAAACGGCUGCUUUCCUGGCGGCAACGCUUUAGCAGGCCGCGGCGUCAAGCUUUUGCGCCCUCCACAGCCAACCAAGGAUCCAAUGGUGCUAAGACGGCGGCAUUGGUCCUGCAGGUUUGGGAGGUCUCCGGAGAGGCCCGAUCCCUGCGAAUCGCCAUGGAUUCUGGGGGGUCGCUGAAGUAUUUCAGCGGCGAUGACUGCGAUCACAGAGAAUACAAAAGAUGGAAGCAGUGGGCACAGAACAAAAUUCUGGUCAUGGAUCGCCUUCCCAAGGAGGCACGUGGUGCGUUCAUUUGGACGCUUCUCCAGGGGAAGGCACUGGAAGUAGUUGAACACCUGACACCUGAUCAAUACCAGGUGGAGGGAGGAGAGAAGGUCAUUUUCGACCUUUUGGAUGCCCGAUGGCCCCAGAAGGACAAGUCCGAUGAGAUUGGGGAGAUCAUAGCUGAGAUCUUCACCAUGAAAGGCAAGGACACUGAGACCUUGCGCCAGUGGUCGGCGAGGGCUCGAGAAGCCUUCGACCGUUGCCGCAGGAAAUGCGGCGUAGACUUCCCAGAAGAGGUCAGAGGCUGGGUGCUGCUUAACUGCAGUGGCUUGACGGAGCACGAGAGGGCCGUUGUUUUGGCUCGUGGUCAAGGCAACCUCAAGUUUGAUGCUGUCUCUCAAGCGAUGCGCAGCUGUUUUCCUGAGUAUGUCAUCUCUCGUCGCAAAGCUGCGGGAGUCCAUGUGGUGGAAGAAAUGCCUGAUGAGUUUGAUCAGCAGGCCUCAAGCUCUAAUGCAGUAGCUGGCUUCGAAGAUGUGGAGCUGCUGUUGGCCGAGCAUGGACUAGUUGAUGAACAUGCUAGCUCUUCUCUGGGCCCUGAUGAGGAAUGGGAAGAGUCUGAAGCCGCAGAAGUACUUGCGGCCUCCUGGAAAAACAAACGUGCUGAGCUGUCAAAGCUACAGAAGAGUCGCCGUUUCAAUCAAGCCAAUGAUCUUCGUAGAGCCUUUCGUGUAGAGGUGGAAGAGGUUAAGAAGCGGUCCAAGUGCUUCAAGUGCAACAAGUUGGGGCAUUUUGCCCGAGAGUGCAAGGCUCGUGGUGCCCCUAGCGCUUCAACUGCCUCAGCUGGUACCUCUGGGAAAGAUCAUGCGGCAGGUAUGGUCUCUGUCGUGACUGAUGAGAAAGAGCACUUCAUUUGUUCGGCAGGAUAUGAGCUGGAAUGUGAACAUGCGACAUGUCAUGAUGUUUGCCUGGUGAGCUCACCCGGCUUUGCUGUUUUGGACAGUGGAUGCGGUAAGACCAUUGUAGGAGAAGACACCCUACAUGAUUUUCACUGCAUUUGGAAAGCUCAUGGUGUUCGAGUCCCUGCUGAACGCGCUGAGACCAAUACUUUUAAGUUUGGCAAUGGUGAGCGUGAAGUGUCUCAUAGGAUGAUCGAUAUGCCUGUGUACAUAGCUGGUAGAAGAGGAGUAGUUCGUGCAGCAGUGGUGAGAGGGUCAGCCCCCUUGUUGUUGUCUAGAGCUGCUCUGAAGACUCUGCAAGCCCACAUGAACUUUGAUCGAGAUGAGCUGACGUUGUUCGGCACUGAGACAGUGCCAAUGCUGGUGAACGAGGCUGGUCAGUACACUGUGAAUGUCUCCAAGUUUCCAGGUCAUAGCCCAAUCAAUGCUGACUCCGUAGCACCCCGUGUGUUGUCCGCUGAUGCGUCUGAUGACUCAGAUGAGAGCCAUGGAGUGUUCACGCCAUGUCACACCCAGUGUCCAAUUGAUGUCAAGCAUCUCAUGCCACAUAGGGCCUUUACCGAGAACGAAGUCUGCCUGACGCAAUGGACGCCCAAGCAGCACCGUCAGCUGCUUCACAGAUCAGGUGGAGACCUUAUCCGAAAGCCAACCCGACUUUUGUUGUCUCACAGUGACAUGUGCAGCCUGAGUAGGAAGUGCCCGGGGAAUGCAGAUCCGAAGCAUGUCCAACACCAGGUGAUAGCUGGAUCAGUCCCUCAAGUAGGCUCAGUUAGCAAGUUUGCUGGCAAAUAUCCCACAGCCUUUGUCAAGAGCGUGCUUGCCACGGUUCCGGAACUGCAGCCCCAGCCUGUGCUAGUAGUGCAGUCAGAUUGCUCGCACGAAUGCCUGGUAGCAGCUCGUUUAGAUGAGCUCAAUGCUGAAGAAGGGUCUCAACUCCGGAAAAGCCUGUUGAAAUUGCAUUCCAACUUAGGACAUCCGCCCAAUCAACAGUUGUUGAGAGUGCUGAAGCAUGGAGGUGCUUCUCCAGCAGCCUUGCAAGCAGCCCGAGAGCUGACAUGCGAGCAGUGCGUUGCCAAUGCACAGCCGAAGUUGCCACCACCAGCCCAAACACAUCGCACCACUGAAUUUAAUUCCCUGGUAGGUAUCGAUGUUAAGUACUUGACUGGAUGGACCACUAACCAAAAGAUUCCUGCUCUUAAUAUGAUUGACUAUGCCAGUAGUUUGCAGGUGAUGGUGCCGUUGUUCAAAAGAGAGACGUCUGAGUUGAUCCUCAACACGUUUAUGGAGCGAUGGGUCUCUUGGGCAGGCAUGCCGACUGAAGUGGUAUGCGACCCGGCCCAGCCAAACGUUGCUGAUGCCCUGACAGUCCCUCUUGAGGAGAACGGUGCUCAGAUCAAGAUCACGGCAGCCAAUGCCCAUUGGCAGUUAGGCAAAACUGAAGUGCAUGGGGGUUGGUUUAACCGUAUCCUCACAAAAGUCAUCAAUGAGCGGGUCCCCAAAGAUCAACAAGAGUGGUUGGAUUGUGUUCAUGCAUCCCAUUGCAAAAAUCAGUUGAUUCAAGUGUAUGGUAUGACACCGUCCCAAUUCGUGUUUGGCCGCAAUCCCCGAAUCCCUGAGAAUCUCAUGGAUGAACCGCUGGAAGUUGUGCCAGCCACUGCAUCCCUGUAUCAGGAAGCCUUGGCCAAGCAAGUUGCGACGCGUCAAGCAGCCAGAAGAGCUGUGCUAGAGCUGCAGGACUCCCGGUCUUUGAAGCUUGCUCUUGCGGCUCGGCCCCGAGUGACAGUUGCCAUGUCUCCCGGUGAUCGUGCACUGCCAAAUCCAUCAGCCGAGCCGUCUGACAUGCCUCAGCCAGAGCCGAUGUCUGUAUCCGACCGCCAACAGCAGUCGCAUGUGUCGUCGGAACUGCCAGAACCCGAGGUUGUAGAUGAGUCUCCCAUGGUUGAUAGUGUUUUCGAUGAUCCUCCGGAUGUUCCGAUGCCACCACAGGUAGCUGCUGAAGCCGAUGUUAGCGUGUUCCGUGGACACAGUUCUGAUGCGAAGUCAUCAGAAGAGGCUGCCAGCUAUGGCCCUGUGCGCAGAAAGGUGUUGAGUAAGCAAGGAGCACCAGCUCUGUUUCGUCCUGGUCGCAUGGCCCAAGAUGAUUUCUCAGAAAUGAUGCAAGAGGUUGUCCCACAAUUGUUGGAACAGGUGCUGCGUAGUGAGAACACAGGUAGGUCCGAGUCGAGCCAGAGCGAAACAAGACCGGCUGCUAGCAAGCGCAGUUCAUCCGAAUCCAAUCCCGAGUCAACCGACUCUGCCAAAAGCCAGAGGACACAGUCCCCUGCUCGGGAUCAGCCUUCCAAUGAUGCGUUGGUCAUUGACCAUGAAGGAUCCACGUUUGCAUGUGAUGAGGUGACCAUUUUGUCAGUAGAACAUUGUUCGUCUCCUUCGACUGUUGAACAAUUGCCUAGGGAAAACCUGACAGUUUCUGAAGCUGAAGAGUUGAGAACCAUGCUAGACAAUGGGGAACCAAUAGAAACCUUGAUGGCUAGCUACAUGCAAAAGAAGUCAGCCAAAGAGAUCCGUAGUGCAGGAAAUCCCCCUGAACUCCAGCGUAAAGUAGAUGAAGCCAAGUUGUUGGAGUGGAAUACCAUCCUGGCCAAACAUGCUGCUCGGUUGGUGUUGGGUCCCGAGGCUGAACAGGUACGCAAACGUAUGCCAAAUCGCAUCAUGGGUAGUAGGUAUGUAAUCACAAUCAAGCAGGAGGAUGAUGCUCCAGAGCGUGUCAAGGCACGCUGGUGCCUACAGGGUCAUUUGGACCCAGACCUUGGAGUGAAGGCCGUCACCGGUGACUUGCAGUCGCCAACGUUGUCACAAGUUGCUAGGCACAUGUUGUUUCAGCUCAUUGUUUCCAAAAAGUGGCGUCUCAAGUUGGGCGACAUCAAAGGAGCCUUUUUGUCAGCUGGCGAUCUUCCUCUCAAAUAUCGACCAUUGUUUGCACGCUUGCCGCAAGGCGGCAUUCCAGGCAUUCCGGAAGAUGCUCUCAUAGAAGUGGUAGGCCAUGUAUACGGGUUGAACGACUCACCAUCAGCAUGGUAUCGAAAGCUGUCAACAGUUUUGCUGGAAGCGGGUUUUGAGAAAUCACGUUUUGAUAGCUGCCUCUUUUACAUGAGAGAGAACGGAGAGCUGACUGGCAUCUACGGUGUUCACGUAGAUGAUUGUGCAACAGGUGGACAUGGACCUAAGUAUCAAAAGGCUCUCAAGCAUUUGCAAGAGAACUUUGAAUUUCGGAAGUGGCGCGAUGGCAUAGAGGGAGGGGAUUUUUGUGGUGCUAGCUAUACUCAAGAUCCUAUUUCCUUUGAAGUGCAUAUGUCACAAAGCAAGUUCAUUCAGAAGCUUCGUCCAAUCCACUUUAGCAAAGAUCGUUUGCGAGACAAGUCGGCCGAGCUCACUCCCAAAGAAGUGAGCUGUCUGAGAGCAGUGAACGGUAGCCUGAAUUGGCUGGCCACACAGUCCAGACCAGAUUUGGCUACUCAGGUCUCGUUUUCCCAACAAUCCUUUCCAAGUCCUACAGUUUUGGACGCACUGGCCGCGAACCAUGCUGUCCGACGUGCCCGGCAACAUGCCGAUCAGAACCUGAGAUUUUCCAGUAUUCCGGUUGACAAGUUAUCCAUCAUGUGUCAUUCUGAUGCAGCGUUUGCCAAUGCUAAAGCAGGUGCCACACAAGCAGGUUACAUGAUCAGUUUCACUCAUGCAGACAUGGAUGUUGGUGCUGAGUGUUCAUGGUCGCCAAUAUACUGGAAAAGCGCACGGCUGCCCAGAGUCGUGAGCUCUACUCUCAGCGCUGAGGCACAGAGCAUGGCUGUGGCUACAAGUAUGUGCGAAUGGGUUUCUCUUUUGCUGUCAGAGGCGUUGGAUGGGCCUCGCUAUGUAUACAACUUUUGGAAUCAUGCCUCCAAGCGAUUGAUGCUGGUUGAGAGCCCUGAGGCUUUUGAUCUCCUUAGAGCAUGCAUCCGCUCGGCACGUUAUCAGAUAAGUCCCGAGCAAAAGAUCUUGGAACGAAGGGCUGAGAUGCCUCGAACUGAUGCCGAGCCUUCCACUUGGACGGUCAGCGACUUUGAUCAGUGCGUGCAACUGGUCCUGGUUGCGCGUAGUCGUGGAGGCUUUGAUGAUGUGAUGGACCGUGUCAAGAGGAUUGAGAAUGGACUCCACACGGAGUUUAAUGCAGUUGGUCUCGCCGACGGUGAUUACCGUUUGUGUGAUGAGUUUAUCUCUGGCAAGGGUGCCAUGACCGACGGCUCAAAACGCCGUUUUGACAACGACGCACCGGUGUCAGGAGAUGUGGAGUGCUCAGCUGGAUACGUGAUGCCGAAUGUGGGUGAUGUUCCUUUCUCAUCUCAUGCUUCUACGGUGGAAGUCCCUCUGAAGAUGUGCUUGCCUCCAGGCAUUACGUCAGUGCCUGACUGGGGAACUUACAAAGUGAGUUUUGGGAAGUUUCAGGGGAAGAAGACGUAUGCAGAAAUUCGUCAUGAAUCUACUGCAGAGAUGGCCUCAUACCGCGGCUAUGUGAUGUCACAUCGAAAGUCUGGAUCAGCUCAGUUGAAGGAUUUGGCAGCUUACCUCAUUGCUGCCGGCUACGCAGGUGAAGAGCAGUGGCGUCGAGUCCAGCCCAAAGCGGAGCCGGACGAGUUUCGGGUGACCAUCCGUGUCUUUCCCUUGUUGUUGGCUCAGGGGCUUUGGUCCAUCUUCGUGGUUUGCGUGCAUUUGGUCACAGGUUUCAGGUGGACCAACAGCUCCAUUAUUCAUCCGCUCUUGGUCGGAGUGCUGGGCCUGCUGUUGGCCUUUCGCACCAACCAGGCAUAUGAGCGUCACUGGAGUUGUGGAAAAGCUUUAGCCGACCUGCAAAAGGUUCUCCAGAGCAUGCUGAGGUAUGCUGCACAUUUGUCUAGAGAUGAUUGGGAAAUCUACUCCUGCAUUGUGAGGCAUUUGAUUGCCUUUCCGAUUGCGCUGAAGCAACACCUGAAGCGCAGUCGUGAUCCAGAAGAAUACAUGCGAGUCUUAGAGUAUACCGAGAUCGACGAUCUAGUAAGAACGGGAAGGCCACAUACCUUGAUCUUGUCCAGUCUGUCCAUGCUUAUUAGGCCCCUUCGACAUCGCGAUGACGGCGAGGGAAAGAGCCUGGCUCUGUGGACGCAGAUGGACAACUGCAUCACACAGUUGCAGGCGAUUUCGUGCAAUCUGGACCUCAUUGUUCAAUUGCCAUUGCCUGCAAGCUACACGGUCCACACAAGUCGCUUCAUUCGUCUUUGGAUUGGCACUUUACCCUUCGUCUUGCUGGGUUUCAUUCGCCCUGUCCUGGUUCCCAUCAUCGUUUUACUCAUUGCCUGGGCACUUUACUCCACAGAGGAGUUGGCUCAGAUCAUGGAGGAACCCUUCGGGGAUGAGAUCGCAGGCAAACCAGAAACCAUCAAGCUCGACGUUUUUUGUCGACGCAUCAUUUUUGCUCUUAAGCAGCAGGUAUGGGUGCAGGAGACCUUGGACAGUCGCGUAAACGCGCGUAGCUGGGUCAUUACCCCUGAGGAUCUACCCAAGGUUCGGCAGCUUGAGAAAGAGGAAGCCUUCAACAAGAAAAAUGCCUGGGACGUCGACUGA